GCUUGCUGAGAUACACGCAUGCCUCUGUAUUGAAAAUGUCUACAGACCAAGCUAGCAGUAAAAGCAAUGAGGCCCCGACAACGACAGACGUCUCACGAGCUAUUUCUGCAACGCUAUGGAAGAUACACGAGCUUGAGGCCAUCCUUGCGUCCUACGAUGGCUCCAAUUCAGAAAUACUCGAGCAAAGGCUUGUACAGUAUGAAAAGCUGCUUGCCUCAUCGCGUGACAUGCUAAAGCUGCGGCCAGUGCCAGCAGCGGACGGGUCGCCCCCGCGCAACACGCUGGAGGGCCGCAAGGCACCGGAGGAGCUCAUCAAGGCGCUGGAUGCGGGAAUGAACCCGGACGAGUACUUAAGGGAGACCUUCCGGGCGGCCAAGCGGGACAACCAGAUUAGCAAGGGCAAGGCGGAGGCGCUGCAGCUCCUGUUUGCCAACAUGCUAGCAGACGCGGCUGCAACCUUUCCGCAGGAGGCAUCGGAGUACAAGAAGCUGCUAGGGCUGGAUUGACUGCUACGUAUGCGCUGAGCUGGUGCCGCCACGGGCCCCACCGAACGCAUGAGAUGAAGGGCUGCAACAAACGGGAAACGAACAGAUAAGGCCUGGACUGGACUGUGGGGACUGUGGACUGGCCUGAGCCCACGCUGUGUGCGGUGGGUGGGUGGGGGUUUUAAGGGUGUGGCUUCUUAGGACGAUCAGCGCUGAGGGAACAAGCAAGGGCGUUAAUCAUGAAUUUGGCGCGCGGGUAGUGCUUACAAUGCUUGUAUCAAUAUGCGUGUGCGCGAGGGGCUAAGCCAGCCCCUUGCACAGUAGUGCAGAGGGGCACAAUGCAACGGCUUCGUAGUCUUUUGUGUGUGGCCCUGUUGCGGCCAGGCUACGUACGCUGCGGACAAACCAAAUGCAUUUAGUCUUCUCCUAUGUCAUCUAGGCGUGCGUGCUGUACUACUUUGCGGCCACUGUAACGAGCCUGAAGA